UGCUUAAAUUAAAAAAUGUCAUUCCUAUUGGGUUUCAAAACAAAGACUGGCCACUUCGCUCUGAAUGCUUUUUCUUACUUUCCAAAUUGGAAAUUCUUCUACAUUCUCAAAAAUGCAAAAAUGAUGUGGUCUGUAGUGAUAGUCGUGAGUCUCGGCAUGUUAAUGACGGAGGUUAUGCCCAUACCGCAAAAUGUUUUUGAAGGUGAAGUAUCUGCCAUUCCAGAUGGACAAUCAGGAGAUGGGCCGCCUGGUAAAAGAGAUGUGAAUGAAGGAAUUGGACUAGUCGCCAUGGACAGUCUAGAAUCACUUGUUCGAGGAGCUCACGGGUGUUGGCCUCCCUCCAGAAUGUGCAUGGCCAACACUAUUAUAGAACUUCAAGUUUAACCUAGCUUUAUCUCAACUCUAAAGAUAAAGUUGCCAUGUUACAUGAACUUUGUGAAUAAUAUUGUAUAUUAACUGUUA